GUCGCUUUCCUCGUCCAGUCCCUCCGCUAUUUUUCCUCCUCCCCACUUUUGCGGAAAGCCGGGCCUCACCGCGGAGACGAGCGGGGAAGCCGCGGCGGGCUUGAGGGCGCCCGCUCCCCGGCGGUUGUGAGUUCAGUCCCGCCGCAGGGCACCGCUUCCCCGGGGGCGCUUGCUCGGUGUCGCCAACUCGCGUGGAGGCGGGGGGCGAGGCGGCCCCGGGGCCUGAGUCCGCUCGCUGUGGCCGCUCUCCUGGCUCCAGACUCGGAUCUGCUUCGCAGCAUCUUCCUUGGCGGUGAUUCGUGGCCCCUUCCCUGACUACACGGGAACAGAUUUGAACCCCAGCAGAAAUUCUCCACUUACCUCACCUCUCUCUAUAGUGUUCACUCAGUCAUUUUAAUAGGUUUAUGUUAAUUUGUAUUGGGCAGUUCACUUGUCUUUAAAGUGAUUCAGUACUUUUUUUUUUUUACUCCCGCAGACUGCCUUGAGGCUUUGUACCCCUUCUGCUGCCUUUCAGGGUGUUGCAGAGCAUGGCUUUAUAAUGUUUUAGUAAACGCACUUUUGGGGGUUUAAAAUUCUUUGUAAUAGUUAAGAAUCUCAGAUCUAUAGAGAAGUGUUUCUUCCUAUUGCUGAUCAGAUUAAUUCAUAAUCCUACUAUAAAAAAUGCCUGUAGCGUUUUGUUUCUAGGUGUCAUUUCACAGAUUCUAGGUAAAGUUGUAGACCACGAUCGUUUGCAUAUCUUACAAUUAAAGACAGAAUACCACAGAUCUUGACCAAGGCUAUUGAUACAUUACAUAGACAUAAAAGUGAAUUUUUUGAGAAACAUGGAGAGAAAGGCAUGGAAGCUGAAAAGAAAGCUAUUUCUCUUCUUUCUAAAUUACGAAAUGAAAUGCAAACAGAUAAGCCAAUUAUCCCCUUGGUUGAGAAGUUUGCUGAUACGGACAUAUGGAAUCAGUACCUAGAAUAUCAACAGAGUCUUUUAAAUGAAGGUGAUGGAAAACCAAGGUGGUUCUACUCACCGUGGUUGUUUGUAGAAUGCUACAUGUAUCGUAGAAUUCAUGAAGCAGUUAUCCAGAGUCCACCAAUCGACGACUUUGAUGUAUUUAGAGAAUCAAAAGAACAAAACUUCUUUGAGUCACAGGAAUCUGUCAUUGCCUUAUGUACUCACCUGCAAGAGUUGAUGGAAACUAUUGAAGAUCUAGAUGAAAAUCGGCUAAAAAAUGAGUUUUUUAAAUUUCUUCAGAUUUCACUGUGGGGAAAUAAGUGUGAUCUGUCUCUAUCAGGUGGGGAAAGCAGUUCUCAGAAGACCGAUAUAAUAGACUCUUUGGAAGACCUAAAACCUUUCAUUUUAGUGAAUGACAUGGAACAUCUUUGGUCGUUGCUUAGCAAUUGCAAGAAAAUAAAAGAAAAAGCAUCUACUAUUAGGGUGGAUAUUGUUCUAGAUAACUCUGGGUUUGAACUUGUUACUGAUUUAACACUAGCUGACUUCCUAUUGUCUUCUAAACUGGCUACCGAGAUCCAUUUUUAUGGAAAAACUAUUCCAUGGUUUGUUUCUGAUACUACUAUACAUGAUUUUAACUGGUUAAUUAAACAAGUGAAACAUUCUAAUCACAAGUGGGUGUCCAAGUGUGGGGCUGACUGGGAAAACUAUAUUAAAAUGGGCAGAUGGGUUUACCAUGAUCAUAUAUUUUGGACGCUUCCUCAUGAAUUCUGUGCCAUGUCUCAGGUUGCCCCUGACUUAUAUGCUGAACUACAAAAGGCACGUUUAAUUCUGUUCAAGGGCGAUUUGAAUUACAGGAAGUUGACAGGUGACAGAAAAUGGGAGUUUACUGUUCCUUUUCAUCAGGCUUUGACCGGUUUCCAUCCUGCCCCUCUCUGCAGUAUCCGAACACUAAAAGCUGAGGUUCAGGUUGGUCUGCAGCCCGGGCAAGGUGAACAGCUCGCAGCUUCUGAGCCCAACUGGCUGACUGCUGGGAAAUACGGAAUAUUUCAGUUUGACGGUCCGCUUUGACUUGCUUUAGGAACUCUAAUUUGUGUAGAAAGAUCGGGCAGGCAAUUUUCAGCCACAGAAAAGCGGUGUUUGAAUUUAGUCACUUCGGUGAUCUGCUAAAGUCAGCUCUGGGAAGCUUGGCUUCUCAGUGCCCAGUUACAUACGCUCUGGAUGCCUUUUCCUUUGAACAUUUUGCCCCACUACUUUGUUUGGGGGUGGAUGGAUUCAGCUAGUUACAGAUAUUUACAUUUAUGUUGGAAUCAAUCUUAGUAACUUAUUUCAAGUUAAAUGCAUAAUUUCAAGUGGUUUUCAUGAGCUUAUUUUUAAUAGGGCAGAAAAGCAAAAUAUAAGUGAAUUCUGCUUUUAAAGUUCAUAUUUUAAAAUCCUGUGCUGCAUGGUAUUGCAUAUUCUUGGAAGCAUGGAAUUUUAUUUAACUUGAUUUUGGGCUCUAGAAAUAAAGGGUCUGUGAAACUAUACAUCUUAAAUAUGCUUUGUAAAGAGAGGCAUUCUUACAGCUGUGAUAUUUGAACACAUGAAAGUAAAACUUACCUCAUAAGUUAAUUCCAAAUUUCGUUCUUAAAUUUUAUUUCAUUUCAAUAGCCUGUUUUAUUUGCAUGCAUUUGUAUUUUGGUUGACUUGUGGAAUGGAUGGUAGGAAAUAUAAAACUGAACAGAAUGAAAGAAAUGGUAUUUGAAGAAAAAUAUAGUAUCUUUUACAUCCUAUUUAUGAUAUCUAUAAUUUUAACACAAGUGUUUUAAAUGAACAUAUUUUUAGAUUGUUCUUCAGUUUAAAAAGUACUUUAGAAAAGGUUCUUAUGCAUUGAAUUUGGAGUACUACCAAUGAGUUGAUUCAUUUUUUUUUAUAUUCUUACUCAUUUAUUGGUGAUCACCAAAUAGUAAAAACAGUAAGUUACUGGUCAAUUUGUUUUGAAACUAAAAUUGGAAAUAAACCUGGAAAUGUUUUCUUGCACUAAAAUAAUAAAGUGAAUUGUACUGAAAGUCACAUUGGUUUUAUUUUCCAAUGGGAGAAAGUCAAGAAGGGAAGAUUUAAAAUGAGGUGUAUAUAAUGAAAAAACUCAUAAUGCAUAUUAUAGACGUUGCCAAAGCAUUC